ACGAUCCACUGGAUAGUCAAUCGGUCAAUUGUCGUUCGUGCACGUGAAAGUGUAAUCUUUACUGUUUACCUAUAAAAAGUUACAGUAUUUUGAUCAUAGUAUUGUAAUAUUAUUGUUAAAUAAGAAUGAUUAACGACGAAGUGACAACGGACGUGAAAGUAGUAAGAGCGGAGGACAUAUUGAAUGACGAGAAAUCCGAUGUUGAUUCUAACACAGAGACUUCGAAUCCCAUGCCAAAGAAAAACAAAAAGGAAAAGUCGUUCGAACAACAAAUUCCAAAAGGAAAGCCGAAAUCUGGUAGAACAUGGAAAGAAGAAAGGAAACGGUUUUCGUCUAUUGUAAAGACGCGUGGUACACGAAUGUCUCUUGACAAGAGGCAAAAAUUGAAGGAGGAUUUGAAACGUGUUAAAGAACUAUCGAGGGCAAUAAAAGAGGAGAAACGAGCACAGAAGGAGGCCAAGAAAGAGAGAAGGCGAGCCAACUUGAAACGUGCCGAGGAGAAUCAAAGGAAGAGUGAAAUUGUACAAGUCAUCACGAACACUGCCAAAUUAAAGAAGAUUAAGAAGAAAAAUCUUCGUACAAUACAAAAACGAGACACAGUUAAUCUCUAAAAAAACUAUUCGACAGAAAGCGCAAUAAUUCGGAAGUGGAAGUGAGCACAUACCAGCAACCGGCGACACAAAUCCGUUUUAUUCUUUUCGGAGGCAUCGGGUUCGAUCUUUUGGAUGCAGCUCUGUUCUCUACUACUAAGAAUUACCAUUCUACAAAACGUAAAUUAUUUAUUUGCGAAUCGUUCGUACAGAAAAUAUUGUGAACAAUACAGAACCCUCCUUACUUUUUA